AUGCCCUCUUCCAAGCCCCUCAAGAUUAAGCCCUCCGAGGUGGCUGCCGACACGAAGAGGAAGCUCAUCCCCGAAGUCACAAAGCACUACCGUAACAAAUGGCCCCCUUACUCGUACUUGUAUCCCCAGCCCCUUGUUGACCUCCCCCUACCCCGUGGACCCCACAUGCACCCCGAUCUCCCCAAGUUCCAUAUGGACGUCUAUUCUGGCGACCCGGUCAACAUUGCUAUCAGCUGGGCCGAGUCCCUUGGUGCCGCCGUCCCCUUCAUCUGCUCAGCAAAUGAGAAGCGUCCCGGUGGUGAUUGGGAGACGGGAGUCGUUGGUUACGAGGAGAGGUUGUGUCGCCGGAGCAAUCUGUCGGCGACACUGAGCACACCAGAUCCGGCCACUUAUGUCGACUCCAACUAUCCCAUUCCUAUUGAGGGUGCCAUCUACUCUCCGCAUGUCGUACGUUUCCGUCAUGACCAAGACCGCAUCGAGUCACUAGACGUCAAAGACUGGCAGUCGCUGCCUGUAGUCUCGAUGCCUCCUACGAGGUGGCCUAAACUUACCGAUGGAGGUCGGAAGUACUCAUUCGCGGAAGAGCGACAGCUCGUCAUGAACAAGAUGCGCGCCGCCCUAAGGAUUUGCGCCUAUCAACAAUUCCGCUAUGUCGUUGUGGGCGAUUUUGGUCUCGGGAAUGGCUACAGGAACCCGCCAAGAGAGCUUGCCGAGCUUUGGCGGGAGGUGCUGUUGUGGGAUACGGAUCUUCGCGGCCAAUUCCUUGCUGUCGUUUUCGUUUUUGAGGACGAAAAGCAAAGCACAGUAAAGCACAUUCUCGACGACAUUGCUAAGAAGAACAAAGGCGGAAGCAGCAGCAGCAGCAGCUCAAAAAGUCGGUCCAAAAGCGGCUCGUCAUCCUCAGGGAGUUCAAGCAGCAGCUCGUCGGGGCAAAAAAGCGACUUUCGGGUCUUCAGCGAAGUAUUCAACGACACGGAAGUCGCCAGGGUGCGCAACCAGAUUGAUCCACGAUAUGGCUUUGCGACCAUCAUGGGGGGUGCUUGA